CCACUUUGGGAAUUGCAAGGCACUGCAAAAAUAAAAAGUGGCUAUUAGUAUUCUUUCCCUGUUCCUUCAUUAUCCUGCCUGCAUCAGGACUGUUGUGCAAGUGCUGGCCAUUCUCUUUUCAGCCCAUGUCAUUAUGCGCCUACAUCAUUUCACCGUCUUUCUAACCCAUUUCCUUGUCUCCUUCCGAUCUUUCACUCUCCAGCCCAUCAUCUAUUUUCUGAAUGAUCUUGCUAAAGCCCAGCCAUGGCCUUGUCACCCCUUGACGCAAAAGCUGUUAGAGGAUGUGUGUGGCCUACAGCUCAUCUCCUCAUCAUCUCCAGAGUCUGUUCCCCACUUCGUCUCCUGCUGCUUUCUUACCUGAGUCUUGUUCACUCAAGUGAUGGCUCUUAUGCAAGUUGCAUAAAGGGCUCACAGUCCUUCACUGGGCUUUAGCAGAGGAAGAAUGAUUGAGCAUAGCCUCUCACUGUGCUACCGCAACAAACUCAUCUUAGCCCCUAUGGUUCGGGUAGGCACUCUUCCAAUGCGGCUGCUGGCCCUGGACUAUGGAGCGGACAUUGUGUACUGUGAGGAGCUGAUUGACCUCAAGAUGCUUCAGUGCAAGAGAGUUGUCAAUGAGGUGCUCAGCACAGUGGACUUUGUCGCCCCUGAUGACCGGGUAGUCUUCCGCACCUGCGAAAGAGAACAGAGCCGGGUUGUCUUCCAGAUGGGGACUUCAGAUGCAGAGCGAGCCCUUGCUGUGGCCAGACUUGUGGAAAAUGAUGUGGCUGGUAUUGAUGUAAACAUGGGCUGUCCAAAAGAGUAUUCCACCAAGGGAGGAAUGGGAGCUGCUCUGCUAUCAGACCCUGACAAGAUUGAGAAGAUCCUCAGCACUCUUGUCAAAGGGACACGCAGACCUGUGACCUGCAAGAUUCGCAUCCUGCCAUCGCUGGAAGAUACCUUGAGCCUUGUAAAGCGGAUAGAGAGGACUGGCAUCGCUGCUGUCACAGUUCACGGAAGGAAGCGAGAGGAACGACCUCAGCACCCUGUCAGCUGUGAAGCCAUCAGAGCCAUUGCUGAAGCCCUCUCCAUUCCUGUCAUAGCCAAUGGAGGAUCUCACGACCACAUCCAAAAGUAUUUGGACAUAGAGGACUUUCGACAAGCCACAGCAGCCUCUUCCGUAAUGGUGGCCCGAGCUGCCAUGUGGAACCCGUCCAUCUUUCUCAAGGAGGGUCUGCGACCCCUGGAGGAGGUCAUGCAGAAGUACAUCCAAUAUGCCAUACAGUAUGAGAACCACUACACCAACACCAAGUACUGCUUGUGCCAGAUGCUACGAGAACAGUUGGAGUCGCCCCAGGGAAGGUUGCUCCAUGCUGCCCAGUCUUCCCAGGAAAUUUGUGAGGCCUUUGGCCUUGGUGCCUUCUACGAGGAGAUGACACGAGAGCUAAAUGCCCGGCGGGCUGAACUCUUGGCCAGGACCCCAGAGGCUGCGGCAGAGCCAGCUGAAGACACCUCUGGUGUCAUUAAGAUGGCUGUGAAGUUUGACCGGAGAGCAUACUCACCCCAGAUCACCCCCAAGAUGUGCCUGCUGGAAUGGUGCCGGAAGGAGAAGCUGGCGCAGCCUGUGUAUGACACGGUUCAGCGCCCCCUGGAUCGCCUUUUCUGCUCUGUCGUGACUGUUGCUGAGCAAAAGUACCAGUCUACCUUGUGGGACAAGUCUAAGAAAUUGGCGGAGCAGGCUGCGGCCAUCGUCUGUCUGCGGAGCCGGGGCCUCCCUGAGGGUCGCCUGGGCGAGGAGAGCCCCUCCUGGCACAAGCGCAAGCGGGAGGCCAUUGACCAAGGCCCUGAGGGUUCCAGAAAUCAGGAGCACGCGGUGCCUGGGGAGCUGUGCAAGAAGCUCUUUGUGGCCUUGGGAAGUGGUGAAGAGAGCCCCCUGGGAGGCUGGUGAGCAUUGUCCCUACCUUGGUCACCUGCUUCAGGAGCCUGGCCGUAAGAUGUCUGUGGGUGCGGACCAUGAACCAGAUGCCAUCGGACAAUUCUCUGACUGUUCCUGGCAGGAGUUACGAGGUCUUGACCUGGGCUGUCAGCCUGGAGUACAGGCUAAAGGGUGCCUAGGGUGCACAUCUCCCUUGGUGGGUCUGAGUAGCAAGGCUGAGUUCCCAGUGACCUCAGUAUUUUCUUUGAAAACAGGAGCUUUUCAGGUGGCGCCUCCUCAACCUGACAUUGAUACAGUGCAAUAAAGAUCGCCCACCCUUCCCUGCAGCUGGCUGCUUUAGCCUUGGGCAUCUUCACACACAGACACAGGGCCUGGCGUAAUUAUUCUACUUCCAUCCUCUGUGCGGAGUUGGAGUUCCCUAAAGCAUAUCCUUCUGGGUCUGCGUGGAAGUGGGGGAUGGGUAUCAUCUUGAAUGCACACAGGACUUGGGAUGAGCCAGGAAGGCCCAAGAAGCCCAUUCUGCUGAUGGCAAACCUGAGGUACUGCCCAUCAAUGAAUUUUCAUGAUGAGAUGUGCUACAGAAUCUGGGGAACAAUUAGGGUAUCUGGUGCUCCCGGAAGGGACCAGCUCAGGUGAGUGUGGGGGGCCCUGGGUUUGACCCCUAGCUAGCUGGAGCCCAGACCUGAUGAGGUCUCGGCUCCAGACAGGGGACACUGAGGAUACACGUUGCUGAUGCCAGCAGUUUAGGGCCCUCACAAUUGCCCACCCACGCCACUGCCUGCCACCAGCCCCCACUAUCCCACUUGGGCCGGAAGGAAGUGGCAGAUUCUCUUUAAUUUCCUCUUGGCAGUGAGAAGCAAACAAACGGCUACCACAUCUCAUGGGGCCUCCCCCUCUUACUGGGAGGGGCGUUCUGACCAAAGGUCCCUGCCCUGCACCACCCCCGCUUCCUCCACUGUAAACACACUACUUCUCCUCCCCUUUUCCAAGUUCUUUGGGGAGGGGCAUUCCCCUCUAGGCCAAGGCUAUGUUUCUCUCCUGUCCCUGGGGUCAGGCCCCUGUGCUAGGCUGCUGGCCCUGGUGGCCCGAAUGAAAGAUCAGGCAUGUGAGGCCUCCGUCUCAGUCCCUGAACCGCCCUUCCCCUCACACUUGUUCUUCUAUAUGCAGAUAAGGAUACCGCACUACCAGCUGCCUCCCAGAGCCCAUUGCCGUCUGACCUUGGGAAAGUAACUUCUAGCUCUCUUUGGGCCUGAGGGCCCUCAGAGGAGAGGGAGAUCAGCUGCUCUCUGCUUGCAGGAGGCUGGCUGGAGGAUAAAUAGGCCUGUGAUUGGGGCACUGUGUGGCUAAUGGGGUCACUUCAUGCUGGGGCUGCCCUAGCUUCCUAGAUUAGCGCUCCAAGAGAAGGGACCCCACCCAGGAGACAGUUGAGGCUUGGUCCAGUCUCAGCCAUCAAGCUUUAGGUACAAUUUCUGUCUGAUUUUUCUCACAAAAAAACUGUCUCCGUUAAAAUUCCUCCUUUCCUUAGAUCCCAACUGGAACAGGGCAGACAGGGUGGCCAUAGUGGACCCCUGGGCAUCCUGAGCUAGUCAGAGCUUGUGGAAGGACCCUGUGGUAGCCAAAUACCAAGUCUCUUGUGGGGUUGGGCUGUACCGCCUUUUCUCCCACCAGUGUACUUUCCCUGGGGAAGCCCCUUCUCUGGUGGGGUUAGGUUUAUUUCUGGGUUUUGGGGAAGGAGAGGCAGGGUGAAACUCAGCUGUUAAGAUAGAGGCUAGAAAAAUAAAAAGAGAGGCUAGAAUAUGGGAAGUUAGAGGGCCAAGGAAAAGCACUGGAGAGAGGGUCAUUCACAGGGGAGCAGGUGGAAAGGGGCUCAUGUGCAUUUCAUAACUAAGGAUAUCUGGCCAAGAUCCCAAGUAUAUCCCAGGUAUAUGUUGCCUUUCAAAUGGUCUCACGUUAGCAUACCUGAGUGAGGCCUACCCUGGUCUCAGAGUGACCUGCACAAGUCUGGGACCGACUGGGAGGGCCCAGUCAGGUCUGAAAGCUCUUCUCAUUGUUCUCACCAUGCCCACCUUAAAUUUAGGACACUUAGAUGCCCAAAGCCCUCUAUGGGCCAGUGUCUAUAAUACGUAUUCAUCCAUUCCAGCCACCUAGACUGAAGACUUACUCAUAGCUCAUCACAUUUCAGGGACAUAUGGUUUUGGGCAUGAGAAGGAGGGAUGACUAAAGCUGGAGGGGGUGGCACAUCUUCCGAAGGCCACAGCAAGACUGGACUUCGUGCACAGAUGAGUGGGGAAUCUUUUAACCCUGCACACUUAGUUCUUUCCAGGUGUCAGUCCUGCUCAGAACCCUUUGGUGGCUCUCCACUGCCCUCUGGAUCAAGUCCAAACUCCUCAGGCUAGUAUCUGAGGACAAAGUGCUGACCCUGUCUUCUCAGCACUCUGUGCUGACCUCAGCAACCAACGUUCUUCAGUUGUAGUUGGCCAGUAUUGCCUCUGCCCAGCUUGGGAGCUGCUCAAGGGCAGUUCUUGUGGCCGCUAUGGCCAGCCUUGGUGUGGGUGUGGGGAGCAGGCACAAAAGAACAGUCAGACAAGCUUGUUGAAUGGGAUAUGUGGCAUGGAAAGAAAGAAGUUUUCUAAACCCUGACUUUCCUCCAAGGCUCCUAUUUCCCCUAAUGUGGAACAAAAGGUGCUAGGCUGGGCUAAGCUAAGCUGUACCAUCCCAUGGCUCAGAGGCCACAGGAGAGCCUUCAACACUGGGGGCUCAGGACCAGGCCUAUGAAAGUAAUGGCUUCCCCUAAAUCUCAGGCUUGACUCACAUUCACAUAGGAGGGAGAGGAGUAUACAGAAACCCACAUAGUCCUUGUCCAUCAGUCUGGGGUCCUAUUUACUGCGGUAGUCCCCUGGCUACCUGGUUUCACAGGGCUCUCAGAAGGCUGGAGGCAGGUCAGAUGGGUUCCUGCCAUUUACAAGAGCUUUUGAGUGGAUGGGGGAGGUCCUGGCUGAGGAAAAGGGGUAGAGAGACCAUGUGAAUGGGGUGGGCCUGUGUUCCAGCCUGCAGGGCUCUUAGCCAUUGCUACCUUUCUGACAAAGAUGAUAACACUUUUCCUGCAGUCAGUGCCCACCGUGGCUCCAGCCCUUAUCCAGCUUAGAGUUCUCAGUUUCCUCCAGACCAGAAACCUUCCUAAAACGUAAUCCCUUCUGAGUGUUCUCCAGCUGCACAGUGGUUGGGGUACACAGAUGGAUUGCACAGAUGCACAGAUGUAUGCAUUUGGAGAAUGGGUGAAUUUUUUAAGCCAUCUCUAGCUUCUGUGUGUGGUCCCUUCCCAGUGGUGGGACUGAUAGGUCCAGAAUCUAUCUCUUGCAUUCCCCCUGGCCUGGCUAGUUGAGUCCCUGGUUUGGAGGGCAGAGGGGAUAGAUAAAGGUCUGUUUCCUCAAUCCAGAUGACAACCUAGGGAAGUAUUUUGGGGAGCGGUCUAGGCAGGGGGACCACAACACAUCCUGAAAUUGCUCAUUAGGAUAUUUCAACCACACAGUGCUGAUUACUCCCUCUCUCUCUCUCUCUUUUUUUUUAAGAUUUUAUUUAUUUAUUUGAGAGAGAGAGUGUGAGAGAGAGAAUGAGCAUGAGAAGUGGGAGGGUCAGAGGG